ACAGGCCCCUUGGUAAUGAGCGGUCAGCGCAGUGCGGGGAAGCUGCCGGGACAGGAGCGCCGGGCGGGCGCCCCGAGCCGCCUCAGGAGGAGGCGCCGGGGCCACGGGAGGGGACGGGGCCGCUCUGGUUCCUCAUUUGCCGGCUGCGCCGAGCCUCCCGCAGACACCGGCCGAGCACCGGCGGCGAUGGACUACGACCACAACAAGGCGCUGCUGCUGGAGCUGCAGAGGGCGGCCGGCACCGGUAACGAUCGCUGCGCCGACUGCGGGGAGCCAGAUCCAGAGUGGGCUUCUUACAAACUUGGAAUAUUCAUUUGUUUGAAUUGCUCUGGAAUUCAUCGCAAUCUUCCUGAAAUCAGCAGAGUCAAAUCCCUUCGGCUUGACUUCUGGGAGAGCAAUUUAAUAGAGUUUAUGAGGAAUCACGGCAAUCUCUGGGCCAAAGCUAAAUAUGAGGCAAAGGUCCCUCCAUACUAUUACAUCCCCAAGUCCCAUGACUGCAUGGUUUUAAGACAGCAGUGGAUUAGAGCUAAAUAUGAGCAUGGACAAUUUCUUGACAAUGGAGUCUGCCACGAUCCCUGUUCUGCAGGCAGCCGUGAAGGAUGCCUCUGGAAGCUUGGCAAGGGACGCAGACAGUUCCAGAAGAGGCAGUUUCUCCUGUCAGCAAGGGAAGGGGUGAUGAAGUACUACAGCAAAGAAUCCAAAGUUCCAAAAGCCGUUAUCAGCGUUGAGACUCUGAAUGCAAUGUUCCAGGUGGAGAAAAUAGGACACAGUCAUGGGCUGCAGAUCACAUACAUCACAGAUGGUCAAACAAGAAACCUUUUUGUCUAUCACGAAAGUGGAAAGGAGAUUGUUGAGUGGUUCAAUGCUAUUCGGGCAGCACGCUACCAUUACCUCAGAACAACCUUCCCAAAUGUCCCUGAGCCUGAGCUCAUACCCAGGAUCACAAGAAAUUUUGUCAAAGAAGGAUAUAUGGAGAAGACAGGACCAAAACAGAAGGAGGCCUUUAAGCUACGCUGGUUCUGCUUGGAUUCUCAGGAAAGGAACCUGCUAUACUUUAAAAAUCCACUGGAUGCAUUUGCACAGGGCCAGGUUUUCAUCGGAAGGAAGGAUGAGGGAUAUGCAGUACGAGAUGAUUUGCCCCAGAAAGUCUGGGUGAAGAAGAAAAAGCCAAUGAUCACUCUGGUCACGCCAGUGAGAGAGUUUGUGUUUAUCUGUGAGAAUGACAGGAAGCAAAAGGAGUGGAUGGACGCCUUGAAUGGAGUCAUCACCCAACUGUGAUGUCCACAGGCAGCUGUAUUCCACCUAGCUGCAGCUUCUGGCCACACAGGAGCAGGGUUGUUUUCAGCAGAGUGGGAUGAAUGUAUCUUACAGCACUACAUUUCUGGCACAAUAAAAAAACAAGCCAAGUUUAAGUUGUGGAG